ACCCCACGCUUCCGGUGCCUUACUCUCCUCCCACCUCCCCCGCUGGGUCCUAGCGCCGGCCCUAUUUCUAGCGGGAUCCCGGCUCUGUCCUCUGGAGUUGCUGCAACCGAGAGUGCGUCAGGCUCCCGCAGGGGAGGCCCACCCUAUCCCCCUAUGGAAGUGGAGCUGGAGGAAGACCCGCCCCCCUACCCUGGGUAUAUCCGAGCCGGUCGCAGAUUCAAGUGCCUCUCUUGCUCCAAGACUUUCCCCAAUGCCCCUCGGGCUGCCCGGCAUGCUGCCACCCAUUCUCCCAGUCCAGUACACAACCCGGAGGAGAAUGCAGCCGGGGGUGGAGAUCCGGGGCCUCCCUCAGGGAACCCAGAGGGCCCGGGCAGUGGGGAGGAUGGAGAGCCUGGGGAACCGGCUCCCAAGCCCCGACCCUUUGCCUGCUCCUUGUGCCCCAAGGCGUACAAGACAGCCCCGGAGCUGCGCAGCCACGGGCGCAGCCACACGGGGGAGAAGCCCUUCCCGUGCCCCGAGUGCGGGCGGCGCUUCAUGCAGCCCGUGUGCCUCCGGGUACACCUGGCGUCCCACACGGGUGAGCUGCCCUUCCGUUGCCCGCAGUGCCCCAAGGCCUAUGGUACCUUGUCCAAGCUGAAGAUCCACCAGCGCUGCCACACCGGGGAGCGGCCCUAUUCGUGUGCUGACUGCGGCAAGUGCUUCGCUGACCCCUCCGUCUUCCGCAAGCACCGUCGCACCCAUGCGGGGUUGAGGCCCUACGGCUGCCCGCGCUGUGGAAAAGCCUACGCGGAGCUCAAGGACCUGCGAAACCACGAGAGGUCUCACACAGGAGAACGGCCUUUCCUCUGUUCUGAAUGUGGCAAGAGCUUCUCCCGUUCUUCUUCCCUCACCUGCCAUCAGCGCAUCCAUGCGGCCCAGAAGCCCUACCGCUGCCCAGCCUGUGGGAAGGGCUUUACGCAGCUCAGCUCCUACCAGAGCCAUGAGCGCACCCACUCGGGCGAAAAACCCUUCUUGUGCCCGCGCUGUGGCCGUAUGUUCUCCGAUCCGUCCAGUUUCCGCCGCCACCAGCGGGCUCAUGAAGGAGUCAAGCCCUACCGGUGUGACAAGUGCAACAAGGACUUCCGGCAGCCGGCCGACUUAGCCAUGCACCGUCGCGUACACACUGGUGACCGACCCUUCAAGUGCCCGCAAUGCGACAAGACUUUUGUGGCCUCUUGGGACCUGAAACGACACGCCCUGGUCCACUCAGGCCAGCGGCCUUUUCGCUGCGAGGAGUGCGGACGGGCCUUUGCGGAGCGGGCCAGCCUCACCAAGCAUGGGCGUGUCCAUUCAGGCGAACGGCCUUUCCACUGCGCCGCCUGUGGCAAGUCCUUUGUGGUGUCCUCCAGCCUGAGGAAGCAUGAGCGGACCCACCGAGGGGAGAUGGUGGGGGGCCUCAUGACCCAGGAGCUGGUGGUGGGGGUCGCGCUGCCCACAGGUUCUGCUGUGGAGGGACCUGUGCUGCCCAGCGCAGAAGCUCCUGGAGUGGGUGUGGAACUUGGGGAGCCCCAGGCUGGGCUCCUAGGCCUCCCCACAGAGUCAGGAAGGGUAGUAGCCUCCCAGUGGCAGGUGGUGGGCAUGACACUGGAGCAGGUGGAAUUCAGGGAGCCUGUGGCUGGGGCAGGAGAGGCCCUUGGCACAGAGGGUGAGAGUGAAGGGGGACCCCCUUUCCAGGAGCAGUCUCCAGGUCCUGGAGAAGUGCCCCAGAACGUGUGCAGGGAGUGUAAGGAAUCCUUCCCCACAGCGGUGGCUCUGCGGCGGCACGAGCGAUCCCACCCAGCCCUGCGCCCCUUCCCCUGCCCCCAGUGUGGGAAGGGCUUCCUGGACCGGGCAGGCUUACGGAAGCACAGCCGUACCCACAGUGAUGUCCGCCCCCAUGCCUGUCCCCACUGUCCCAAGGCCUUCCUUAGUGCCAGUGACCUCCGAAAACACGAGCGUACUCAUCCCACCCCUCAGCUUCCUCUUGAGCCACUGGUGGCCCUCUUGGGGAUGCCUGAGGAAGGGGCGGCGUGAAAGCCCCCUUGGCAAGCUUUCUGCACGUCCCAGCCCACUCCUGGGCUUCACUCCUUCCCUGCUGGCCCAGCCACCACUCCCUCCAAUCUAGUUCCUUCCUGUCCCUGCAGCUUUUUUACCUUCUCACUUUCUUCUUAAUAAUACUCCAUUAGGGCACUCCUGGCCUGAGAAGAGGCCUCGCUCUCAGAAGAUGGGAAGGCUGGAGGGAAGGGAUGUGGCGGGGUGCUUCGGAGGGCGGACAGCCCAAGAGGUCAGCUCCAACACAGUGGCACCUAUUAAAAGCUUUGGCUCUCAA